GUUUGGUUUUCCUUUUCGCUCCUAAAAUGUGUUUCUUUGGGGGGUUAAUUGAAGACUAGUGGAAAAGUCGGUCACAACGGGACAAAGAGACGCAACGGUUUCCGUCUCAGCUCAAACCCUCCAUUCAAUUUCCAUACUCCCCAACUUUGAGCUGUCUCUCCCAUUUCAUCCCUCCCCUCGCUCGCUCGCUGCCUCUCCUUUAUCUCCGACUUUCCAUUGAAAAAGGUUUGGUCUUUUCCCCACGCCCCAGUUCCUACAUCUCAAAGUUCUUCGCUUUUGUUUCCCCUACUCGGUUUAUCCGCAUAUUCUGUUGCUUCUCUCACCUUUUUCACCCUCUAACUAACAAUCGUGCCAUUCUUGUUAGGGUUUUGCAUCAAUUCUUUGGAGGAGACGACCCAAGGGAGGGAGAACCGAGUCCAACAGGUUAGUGUCAUGGAUCAACAAGGGCAACAUCCUGCAGCAACUGGGGUUGGAACUACUGCUCCAGUCCCCUACGGAAUCUCUCCAUACCAGCCUAACCAGAUGAUACCUUCAGGUCAGUCUCCAGCUCAGUUAGCACAGCACCAGAUGGCGUAUCAGCACAUGCACCAGCAACAGCAGCAGCAGCUUCAGCAGCAGCUCCAGAGCUUCUGGUCCAACCAGUACCAAGAGAUCGAGCAGACGACCGACUUCAAGAACCACAGCCUGCCGUUGGCAAGGAUCAAGAAGAUAAUGAAAGCCGACGAGGACGUGAGGAUGAUCUCGGCCGAAGCUCCAGUCAUAUUCGCCAGGGCGUGCGAGAUGUUCAUCCUCGAGCUCACUUUGCGUUCGUGGAACCACACCGAGGAGAACAAGCGGAGGACUCUCCAGAAGAACGACAUUGCCGCCGCAAUCACCAGGACUGAUAUCUUCGACUUCUUGGUCGAUAUCGUUCCGAGGGAGGAUUUGAAGGAUGAGGUUCUGGCGUCUAUCCCGAGGGCUGGUGGACUUCAGGGUCCGCCAGAACCUGCUGUGCCUUACUAUUACAUGCAGCCUCCGCAGGUGAAUGCUGUUGGUGGGAUGAGUGUCGGGAGGCCGGUGGUUGAUCAGGCCCUUUAUGGUCAGCCGCCUCGUCCUUUCAUGGCGCCACAGAUGUGGCCACAUCAGCAAGAGGAAGAACAGCAGCAGCCACCCUCGGAUUCUUGAACGUGGGUUGAUUGUGUAAUGGAACUGGUAGUUUGAGACAUGGAAAGAUGGUAUGAGAGUAGAUUUGGUUUUGAUGUUGUGUUUUGGGUUGAAGUCUGUCUUGUAAAAUUUGGGAUUCUUGUUUGGCUGUGUAUUCUGUGGUAUGUUCUUAUGGUUGAUGCUUUUCGUUUUUACAUUUUACGUUCUCCAGCCAUUUGUCAUUCGACUGGCGCAAAGCCUUUUGAAAACUUUGAUUUAUAAGAUUUCAACAACCAUGAUGGC